AUGAUUAUUUUAAAUAGGAGAAUCAUAUGGGGCAAAGCUUUCUUACAAAAUUACAAAUGUAUAAAAUAUAAUAAAAAUACAUUAAAUCAAAAUAGAAAUUAUUACACUAGUAACUAUAUAUUACAAAAUCAUAAAAGUACCAAUUGUAAUAGAAAUGUGUUUAAUCAAAGUAGAAAUUUCUACACUAGUAAUGGAAAUAAAAAAUUUUCAAAAAAAUUUUGGAAUAGUUUAGGUUUUGUAAUAAUACCACAAGAAACAGCAUACAUAGUUGAGAGGUUAGGAAAGUAUAAAAAAACAUUAUUAGCAGGUUUUCAUUUUUUAAUACCAUUUAUAGAUAAGAUAGCUUAUGUUUUUUCAUUAAAAGAAGAAACAAUUACUAUACCAAAUCAAACAGCUAUAACAAAAGAUAAUGUUACUUUAAAUAUAGAUGGAGUAUUAUAUAUAAAAUGUGAAAACCCUUAUAAUUCUUCAUAUGGAAUUGAAGAUGCUGUUUUUGCAGUUACACAGCUAGCUCAAGUUACAAUGAGAUCAGAAUUAGGAAAGUUAACUUUGGAUGCAACAUUUUUAGAAAGAGAUAAUUUGAAUGAAAAAAUUGUAAAAGCCAUAAAUGAAUCUGCAAAAAAUUGGGGAAUAAAAUGUAUGAGAUACGAAAUUCGUGAUAUAAUUUUACCAUUAAAUAUAAAAAAUGCUAUGGAAAAACAAGCAGAAGCAGAAAGAAGAAAAAGAGCAGAAAUUUUACAAAGUGAAGGAGAAAGAGAAAGUGAAAUAAAUAUUGCUAUUGGAAAAAAAAGGAAAUCUAUUUUAAUAGCUGAAGGACAAUCUUUUGCUAUAAAAGCAAAAGCUGAUGCUACAGCUGAAGCUAUUGAAAUAAUUUCCAAUAAAAUUAAAAAACUGGAUUCCAAUAAUGCCAUAUCUUUACUUAUUGCAGAACAGUAUAUUGAUGUAUUUUCUAAUAUAUGUAAAAAUAAUAACACAAUAAUUAUUCCUGCAGAUUUAAACAAUAUUAGUAGUUUAAUUUCUCAAUCAUUAUCCAUUUACAAUAAUAUUAAAAAUUCAAAAAAUACAAGUAACAAUAUAGAAUCUCUUUCGAACAAUAAUUUAAUUCAGUCUGAUGUAAAGAACUGA